AUGGUAACCCUAUGCCUGCUCCAGGUGCAGGCUUUGUCACUUCUGGAUAUUUUCGCAUGCUACAAGACAGUCUUCCCGGCUCCGCUGAGUCUCGAACCUGUGGCCGCUGCAGAGGACCAUUCACUGAAUGCUGCCGGCUCAACGAGGUAUACGAGGAGCAGAAGUGAGACUCCGUCAUCUCCUAACGGGAUAUCCGCCUCUGCCUUCAGCCCUGGCUAUUUCAGUCGAUUCUUCGUGGUGGAAAGAGAGCUGGGACGCGGAGGUAAGGGUGUUGUACUCUUGGUCACGCAUGUGCUGGACAAGGUACCCCUUGGACAAUAUGCAUGCAAGCGUGUGCCAGUGGGCAAUGACCAUGUAUGGCUCACAAAUGUGCUGAGUGAAGUACGUCUGUUGGAACAUCUUUCCCACCAGCACCUGGUCUACUACAAGCAUGUCUGGCUGGAAGAUGUCAAAAUUUCGAACUUUGGCCCAAGUGUACCCUGUGCAUUCAUUCUGCAGCAGUACUGCAACGCAGGUGACCUUCACCAGUAUAUUAUACAUCCUGCCCAAGCAGACGAGUCCGCGCAAGCGCUCAAGGAGCGACUUAGGAGGCGCUCUAGGGAUUCAGGUAGACGGCCUUCGGAGCUUCAGGGUCGAAAACUUCGCUUUGAAGAAAUUUAUUCAUUCUUUAAAGAUAUCUCUUCCGGCCUUAACCACCUCCAUGUCAAUGGAUUCAUACAUCGUGACCUCAAGCCCAGCAAUUGCCUACUCCAUGAUUCUGGCAAAGGACUAAGGGUGCUCGUCAGCGACUUCGGAGAGGUACAAAUAGAGAAUAUGGUUCGAAAAUCGUCUGGCGCCACCGGGACAGUCUCCUACUGCGCGCCAGAGGUUUUGCGUCGGGACGCUACAACUGGCUCACUAGGAAACUUCACCACCAAGUCCGACAUUUUCUCUCUUGGCAUGAUUCUCUACUUCCUCUGCUUUGCUCGACUUCCUUACAAAAAUGCCGACUCCAUCAAUGAAGAUAAUGAAGAUCUUGACCUUCUGCGCGAGGAGAUUGUUUCUUGGACCGGUCUGCAUGAGGAGCGUAAGCUCCGUCCUGACCUCCCAGAGCAGCUCUACACGUUCCUUCGUCGUCUCCUGUCUCUUCAGCCCGAAGACAGACCUAGUGCAGAGGACAUACUCCUAGGUAUCAAGACUGGAUCUGGCUUAGACCAGAUCUCUGACGCCCGACCUAACAAGGCGGCGCACAUGUUUGACGACCUAUCCGCCAGUUCCAGGAUUUCUCCGGUCGACAGUCCUCGCUCGGCUACACCAAUGACGAGAAAACUUUCUUCAUCUUCCGCUUUCAGCCGACCCACGGCAACUGCUACUCCCUCAAAAAUUCGCCUGUCCAACCUCCACCGCGAACAUAGUAGUGGUGGAUCGCGGUCUCCACCUUCCGUCCCAAGGACUCCCACCAAUAUUCACUACAAUAAAGAGGACUCCCCUGCAAGCAGUCCAAGUGAUAGUCUCAUCCUUCGGCCCCCUUUCCCUUCUCCAACCAAGCGAUCGCAUGACGCCUACACUUUGGAUGAACCAGCUCCUCAGCAAUCUAGGACCAGGGCUUGGCUUCUUACUCACAACCCUUCCUUACGCCGCUCUACAAAACUGAUAAUAUUCACCUCCAAGGUCCUCUCCCUCAACAUAGCCUGCUCACCCAUGGCCACGCAUCCACCGGUGCUGUAUUCCGUGCUUGGACUCGCGACACUGGACUUCUUUCACCAGGAUGAUGGUAACGAGCGCAUUGGUGGAGUCGGUGGAAUCGGCAGAGGAGGCCUGAUCUCGGCGGUGCUGAUCGGCAUGCAUAUUGCGAUUUUGCUCAGUCUAAGGGGUAAAGAAAUGUUGUGCAUUCGAGAGAAAGAACCUUAUUGGGCGGAAGGAGUUGUCUAA